GGGCAACACUACGCACGACGCUCCUCUAGCAGCUGUCAUUCAUCUUUCUUUUCCUGUUUUGCAAUAUCUACUAAUAUCUAUUUUAAUCAAAAUAAAAGUAAAAAGAAUGCAAGUAAAUAGUGAUUAAAAUGGACCAACAAUUCUCAUUGUCGUGGAACAAUUUUCACGGUAAUUUGAGUAAAGGAUUUGCCGGCUUGUUGGGCAAAGGCGAAUUCGUCGAUGUGACCAUUGCUGUGGAAGGGCAUCUACUGCAAGCGCAUAAAGUUAUUCUAUCAAUAUGUUCGCCAUACUUCAAGAAAAUGUUCCAGUUGAACCCGUGUCAACAUCCAAUUGUUGUAUUGAGAGAUGUUACACACAAAGCCAUGAGAGAUUUACUUCAGUUUAUGUAUCAUGGAGAGGUUAGCGUGAAACGUGAGGAUCUCAAUAGUUUUAUAAGCACUGCUGAAGUAUUGCAAAUUAAAGGAUUGACAAACAAAGAGACUGAUGAUGAAGACAGUGAGAAAGAACAGGAUUUAUCGAAACACAUCACAGAAAAUAAUACUCCUGAUGCGGAAUCAUGUGUGUCAGACACAUGUGAAAAUAAUGCAAUUGAAGAAACUCAAUCCAAUGAGAUGGAAAUACUCAAACACAGACAAUUCAUUGAAAAAUUACAGAGGCUUAGUAAUUUGAAACGUAAAUCUGAUGAAUUCCUACAAAAGACAUACUAUUCAGACUUAAUGAAUUCUGAAAAAAGGGCAAAAAUAAAAGAUAAAGCCACAUACAAUCAUAUGUCACAAAAUAGCAAUUAUGAAAAUAUGAAAAAUUUGUAUGAAGAGAAAGCAGUUGAUAUAUCAUGUGUAUACAAUACACAAGUGCCAAAUUCUGGCAGCACAGAAAAAGAAACAAGUGAAAGAAAUAAAGAAUAUACAACCUCUGAAAAUGCUGUGGAAGUGAAAACCGAAUUUGAUGAUAUGGAUAUUAUUGUUACUGACCCUGCCGUUUGCACAACUCCUAAGAAUUAUGAAAAUUCAAGAGAUGGAAAGAAAGAUUUACCACUGCCAUUAGACUACCAAUCGCCACAAGAUAAUUGUACCAGCCUAAAUUCAUUAUUCAUCGACCUUAAAAAUUUAGUGAAUGGUAAGGUGACUAACAACAUGUUGAGAACUAACCCCAUUGAGGAAUCCCCAAGACGUUCCAUGGAACACCGGUUGAUUACAAUACCUCAGAAGGAAGACGGGAAGAAGAAAUAUCCACAACGCUCUUGUCGGUUAUGUUGGAAAAUAGGGAAGAGACGUGACACGCGAUUUAUGUGUAGUGCAUGUGAACUACCUUUUUGCAAAUCACCCUGUUUUGAGAUUCAUUUCAAUGAUGUACUCAAAAUAUCUCUGCAAAGAGAUUAUUAUGCUAAAUAAGUUUUCUCUGAAAUAUUUUAUACUUAUAUGUUUGCUAUUAAAUUAAGAAAGAUAUAUUUUUGAUAAAGGAAGCUAAUAAUGUUUAUACUUACUGAAAAUUACGAACAAAAAUGUGAAUCAAAGAUUCCAUUGUUUGGGACCAAAUUACUGAAGAUUUGAAUAUUACAAAUAGAACAGCUCUAAAAGGCACUAUUUGUAGUUGGCUAUAACAUUUGUUAUUACACUUUAAAUAUGUAUAAUGUAUACAUGUUUAAGCACACCAUAAGCACAAUAAUUUAAGUAAUCCACUGUGAUAUAAGAAUUCUACUCUAAAGUGCCAAUAUAAAAUUGACCUUAUCAAUAUUGUAUGUAUAAGGAAUAAUAUUUUUCGCUUUAAAUAAUUUGGGUAUUGUUAUGGGACAUUAUAAAAAAUAAAACAUUACAUAAUUUUAUUGUGUCUUUGAACAUUGCAACAGAUGAGGCAAUUACACCUGCUAUACAUAAUAUAGUUUCACGGUAAGGUCCAAAAUAAUGCAGGAUGUACGUAUUUAAGAAAUGUUUUCUAAUCUUUUUGGUCAGUGCCAUGAAUUUUUACCAUAAUUUUAAUAUGAAGACUUUUUUAUUGCUCAUAUUCUAGUCUAUUUAUUAUAAGUGUAAGAGUUUUGGACAAUUUUUGACAAGAAUUAGUAUAAUAAGCCCAUUCUUGUAAGAUUUUUAAAAUCAUUGCUACACAUUUACGAUAUUUAUUGGACUUCAUUGUUUUGUGUGUCAUCUUCUACAUUUGAUGUGUCCAUUUUUAUGUAAUAAAUAAUGCUUUUAAUUUUUAUAUUGUACCUAUCUAUAGACAUUUUACAUUUUAUUGUAAUUUUUAAAUUGAUCUCUUUGUGAGCUACUUUAAGUUUGAUAUAACGAGAUUACAUACAUUCCUAAAUUUGAAACAAUUUGGCUGUACCACAAAAUUGAACAAUGUAAACAAACAUUGGUAUAUGAAUAUGUGUAAUGAAUAAUAUUUUUAUGCUUUGUGUGAUUUUGAAACAGCGUGGCUUUGUUUGAUUAUAAGUAAAUGUAUUUUUGUAUUCAUAUUUAAUAAAAUAAUGUAUAUCAAA